AUGGCUGCCGUCUCCAAUCUUGCCGUUGUUAUUUGUCAUGGCUGCUAUCACUCCCCAGAACCAUACAUGCCGUUAGUAAAGGCGUUAAACUCUCGAGGAUUUGAUGCGCAUUGUCCCCAACUACCCACGGCUGACCUGACUAAAUUGAAUGUCGGGGACGUCCACCAGCCAGACUUCGAUCGCGAGCCACCAGAAGCAGGUUAUCCGCAAGGAGAGCAGGACAAGGAGAUUGUUGUUGAUGUACUCAAACAUCUCAUCAAUGAGCAGGGGAAGAAUGUCCUCCUAGUAGGUCACUCGGCCGGGGGCUGGGUCGCCACCGAAGCGGCUUUGCCGGAGUUUCAGUUGAAAUCCCGGCAAGAAAAAGGCCUGUUUGGGGCCCGAAAGAAGGUCCCCGUGGUACCACCAUUCAUGGAAUUCCAUCAGCCUAACAAUUUUGCUAAGAAACACGGCGCGGCUGGACUUGGGACUAUUGCCUCCAGCCUUACCGCUUCGCCUAUUCUAACGUCGAAGCUUACAAACAAUGCAUACUCUGAAUAUCCAUGCGCCUAUUUGGUGCUGGAAGCAGACUUGACCCUCCCAAAAGACCAGAAGUCUGGUUCGUUCACUAUAUAUCGGUGUCCUGCGGGCCACUCGCCACACCUCAGCUGGACAGAAGGAGUCAUAGACACAAUUGGGGAGUUUGUGAAGACCAUUGGUUUCCUGAACGAUUUACCAAUAAAGGCCAUCUGA